AUGGAAGUUGCACGAAAUGAAAAUUUUACGGGUGAUUUAGAACAAAUCGAUCCGACAUUUAAAGACCAUGUUAAAGUGCUGGCAUCGUCACUAUUCAAUCCAAAAAGUCUCAUUAUUAAAGGAAUUCAUGGCCAAAAGGUUCGAGCUCGAGAUUUUUUGAGAUAUUUGCAAACAUACAUUAAUAUUUUUAAUGGAGGAACAUUACCAACACCAACCAUUCUUAUUGAUGCCAUCGCUGAAACGAACAAUUUAAUUCUUUAUAACGACUGUCUAAAUCUGUACAUUGAUUCAAUGCGUGAUCGCUUAAAUGAAAUCGAUCCAUACUUCAAUCAAACCGAACUGAGUGACAUUCAUAGGAAGACGAAAAAUGAAUCGUGCCAGAUGUUCCAAAAAGCACGAAAAAUGGGCGGGCAGGUACUUAUACCGACAUUCUUGCAUCGUCUUGAAAAUGUCAUCGAAGAAAAAUUCACAAGUUUCCAGCGAGAAAAUAAUGAAAAACGAAACAGGUUUAAGGAAAAAUCCAAUUUAUAUAAUAAGAAAAUCGCUGCUGAAAUUCGCGAAGAUUCAAUGAUGAAUGCACAUGAGCUGGACGUACUAUUUUCAUCAGCAAAACAAUCCGCACUAGCUGAGAAAAUUUAA